AUGGGCAACCAGCCCACGCUAGGAACACAAAGGAUAAAGAUGUUGCCUCAGCAGGGGCAAGUGCUUCUCUGGCACCAACUCCUAGCACUACUGUACACGGAUAUGAAUGCUGAAUUUGUUCUCAACGCCAUAGAACUUCUGCAGGCCAUAUCCCUGGGCGUUAUCCUGGCAGAUCCUGCUUCGAACAAGAAAGACCCCCUCCCUACUCUGCUGCAAAUUGCAGUAGAAGAGACCGUAAACGUGGAUAUUAGUGCAGUCUCUCGCGCUAUCCCAGCAACAACGGCCGUGAUCCCCGUCCAUGACCUUACCGUGACCAAAGAGGAGCUUGAGACCCUGGCUCAGGCGAUGGUCAUUCCUGGGCCACCACAGCGCUUUGCCGUGCGUGGUGUGGACAGGCGUAAAAAUACGGAAGCUGCUCCUCGUUUCAAGUGCUUGUGGGAGCGCUCCCAGUGUUCAGCUUCGCCAUUCGAGGCCCCCGGAGAGUUGUACGACCACCUCCUUCAACAUUUGAAAUCGUCCGAGAACCCCGAGCCACCAUGUCUCUGGGCCACAUGUCCAUUGCCAUCGACAUCAAAACAACGACUACGACCUCAUCUCCUCACCCAUCUCUCAAGCUCCCAACCACCCGCAAAACAUCCUUCUCAAGAUGAUACAAUUACUAUUACCGCCAAUGGAGAAUCGUACCCCUUCACAGACCCCACAAAGCGACAGCCCCCUCCUCUAAGGCAAACGAACAUAUCCUACACCCGGCCUGUCGCUGAUCCUCCUUCGGCUGCACUUACCGCGUUGGUCAUCAUCCGCGAACACUUUGAGUUCCCUGGUGCUGUAGAAGACGACGAGGGCGACGAUGUGGUGGAAGACAUUGGGGGCGAGCUGGAGGGCGAACGGAGGGGUCGACGGGCGUUUGUGGGCGUUAAGAUGAUGGAGGACGUGAGGAUGAAAGACGAGGCGUUGAUGAGGUGGAUGGUUGAAAUGGUUUAUGCGGCGUGUGAUGGCCCGGGGCUGUUUAGGUCGUAG